UCUAAAUCCUCCUCUUCCUCUUCCUCUUCCUCCUCCUCCUCCUCUUCCUCUUCUGAUGAAAAUCUCACCCAAUCCGAAUGCUGGACCGCCCUCGAACGCAUCUGUCUCGACCCCGUACCCCACAUUGACCAAAUCUCCGCCUGUCGCAUCGUCGACGAGUCAAGAGAUGACGAGGGACAUCUCCAACAAUUGACGAGGAUGAUUCGCGGGGAGGGAAGUGGUCGUCGGGGGAAGGGGGAGGAAGUGAAGGAAUUCGCGAUGUUGAAGAGGCCUGUUAUGAUUGAAUUCGAAUUUCCUCGGAAUGGGUCCUUCAUUACGAAUAUUCUGGCUCCGGGGAGUGGGGAGGACAAGGGACAGAUGUAUUUGACUUCGAUGUAUGAGUGGCAUUGUCCUGAGGUCGAGGAAGGGAGUGAGGAGUAUCGGGAGAAACAGAGUGAGUACUUUCAAAUGGCGAGGAAAAUUGUUGCACAUACUGUGGAGGAGGUCAGGAAGAUGAAGAAGGAGGGGUUGUUGAAAGGGAGGUAG